AUGCUGAUUCUAAGAAGAGUGCUGACCUUGGCUACAGCCAUCGUCUUUGCCACAAAAGAGUUAAGAGCAGCUUCAAAUGCCGAAUUCCAGUGCAGUUACACACGGACAAAAGUCGGAUGCGUUGGAAUUCGACAUCAAGAAAGAUCCAAGAUUGCCCGAUUCCCAGCUGACAGUCCAGUUACCGCAGGACCAUCCUUCCUA